UCUUCCCUUCCUCAUUUCAUUCUUUCUCUCAAUCCCAUGGCACAUGAAGCUGGUGAUCAAAAACCACUUGGGUCUUACCCUGCAGGGCCAGAAACUAAGAGACAAGGUUGGAUCCUUUUGUUGCUGAGGUUUCUUGCAUUGUUUGCCAUUGUUUCUACUACACUCUUGAUAAUACUUACAAAGGAGACCAAAACUAUUGUGGUUGCUACUAUUGAGACUACUGAAGUUACUGCUGCUCUCAAGGCCAGAUUUCAGCACACCCCAGCUUAUGUGUUCUUUGUGAUAGUCAAUGGCAUAGCCAGUAUCCAUCAUUUUGCCACCUUGAUGGCUGACUUAGUUGCUUAUAUAUUUGACUUCAAGGGUUUUUGGCCUUCGAUAAUCACACUCUUGGACAUGGGAAAAGUGGGUCUAGUGUCUACUGGACUUGGUGCUGCAACUGCUAUGGCUGAGUUAGGGACGAAAGGAAAUUCACAUGACAGAUGGUGCGAGAUCUGUGACCAUGGUGGUGGGACCCUCAUCAUAUCCUUCAUUGGGCUUGGCUUCUUGAUGUUCCUCCACAUGUUGUCAAUAGUUACCCUUUUCAAAAAACAUACAAAUGAGCUGAUAGUCCCAUGAUGCACUGGAUCAACAGACUUCUAUAUUAAACCUGUAAUUUGUGUUCUUGCUUUGUAAUUUGAUCAUCCUAAACCAAUAACUCUAUGGAUAUGUUUGGAAGGUAAGAAAAUGAA